UUCAAUUACUCUAUUCUCCCAUUCUUUCUCCACAGCCCCCCUCAAAUUAACCUCUCUCUUUCAAGAAUUUUCUCUACUUUUUCUCUGAAAAAGAAAUAGAAGAGAAAACUCCACAAGUUUUUUCAGUUUGAACCAGGAAACGGAAAUGCCCAUGGACCGAACCCUACAAUCAGAGAGCAUGAGAUCGCCGACUGUACUAUCAAUAGAAUGUAUAAAAGGGAGCUCCAAAGCUGACGAAUGGACCGCAGACAUGCUCCAGACGGGGGAUAUUGUGGAGGAGAUUCGAAUUGGAUCCGGCUCUGCUCUCUCCUAUAAGGCACCUUUUAAAGGCGGCAAGAGCGGAGUCCAGAAGAUCCUUCACACCUCCUAUAGGAACAAGGAGACCUCGAUCCUCGUCCGGAUCAGGCGAGCCAGCGACGAGUUCGCUCAGUUACAGGCAUGUAUCGUGCCUAACGAGACUGGCGGGAAAAAGCAAUAUAUGUUAAGGUCUAUAGCGGAUCCCAAUUACACUGUCGGGUUCUCGGAUCGCUCCGAGUCCGAGUGCUUCGAGUUGCAAGUUUCAAGGAACACAAGGAUUGUGAGUGAACUAUCGAGGACAAGGCUCCAGGAUGGAUAUGUAUGGUAUCCGUGGCAGAGGAGGAUGCAAGAGGUGCUAUCAGUUCCAAAUUCAUGCUGUUUUCUUUCUAUUUUGCUCCUUCCAAAAGCUUCAGAUCGAGUGGCCUCCCGAUACAAUGACUUGGAGGAUACCCUUGCUCGUGCUGAUGCUUGGCUCCUUGCAUCUCAGGCCUCCGGGGUUCCCAUUCUUUUCAUCAAUAUUCAGACUGAAUCCCUGCUUACUAAGAUCUCUGGAGAGACAGCCUCGGCCACUGUAAAUGCGGGGUCCUUAUCUGAUUUAGCAAACCUAGGCAAUGCAACCCUAUACGGUUUUGAGGACUACCAUGGGGUGGACAUUGGAGUUGUUCGAGCAGUUCGCCUAUGGUACACCCCGCUUGCAAGAGAAAUCGCAGUUGAGAUCAAACUAAAAGAAGAUGACACGAAACUUGGAUUCGCCAUUAGCCGCACUGAAGAGGGAUUCAUCUAUAUAUCAUCUGUGAUUGAUGAUGAAGAUUUGCCUUCAACGAGAUCAGGACUCAGCACUCUGUACAAAGAAUCAAUGUGUGCAUCUAGGCUGCUGGUUGUCUCAAGAUUAUCAAAUCAAAAGGUUCUUCCAUGGAUGGUUUCAUCGACUGGAGCGGUUCGAUGCUUUGAUACAGUUUCCCUAAGUCAGAAACUGUCACUACACCGGCAUGCCAAGGUGCCAAUUCUUAUGCAUGUCUUCUCCUGGGAUCCAUCAUUAGUUUCCCGUGGCUUUGGUAGUGCCAGGCUUCGUGUUCCUUCUACCUCAGUGCUGCCAUUGACAAGUGAAGUUAGAUUAGCCCACCAUCCUAAUAGUAAUCAAAUACUGCCUCUACCUCCUGAUGAACCGAGUGAAAGCGUAGUCACAAGAGAGCAGCAGCAGCAACCUGAUCGCAGGCUACAGCGAGACACUGCUGGGGAGACCUCCUUUAGAUUUCAUGAUUUUUCCCUUCCAAACAACUGGGUAUGAUUUUUGCACCUCCUAUCACAAUUCUCUGCUUCAUUGUGGAUAAGAUUUUGGAUGUGCUCAUAAAUUGGAGUUUGCAAUAACCACCUAUUGUGCUGCUUUCUUAACAUUGUAUACCUAUUUAAUUUCUUUAUUAAAAAAAUUCAUCUUCUUUAA